AAACAUGUAAAGAAGUCUGUGGCAAAAAAUCCAUUUUUGGAAAUAACAAUGAUAAAAAUAAGAUAUUUGAUAUGUGUGAUAAGAUACUCAAAGACCCCAAGUAUGAUAAUGAUAUAAUUUCCGAACCAUUAACAGUAAAUCAAAAACAAUUUAUAGAACAAUUCAAAUCUCAAUUAUCCACGCAUAUUGAAAAGGUCGGAGCGUACGCGAUUAAAGAAAUGGAAGGACUUGAAUAUCCGGUUGUUCAUAUCAUUGCAGCUCAAGGGUAUCCAAAUAUCGAAAUGACUACCAGUGAUAUAUGUAAUC